AUGGCAGACGCGGUAACUCGACGACUGUUAAAAGAAUUAAGAGACUUUCAAAAAGAACCAAACCCUGAUUUGGUAGAAUUAACACCUACCCAAGAUGACGAUAUUCUCAGUUGGCGAGCAGUUCUUCGCGGGGAAAAUGAUACACCUUAUGAAGGCAAGAAUUUUUUAUUUUAUUCUAUAAUAACAUAUCCUAUCCACCCGCCAAAAAUUAAGUUUAUAACAAGAAUUUGCCAUCCGAAUAUCUCUUUUAAGACAGGAGAAAUAUGUUUGGAUAUUUUGAAAACGGCAUGGAGUCCCGCAUGGACAUUACAAUCCGCUUGCAUGGCAAUUCGAUUGCUAUUGUCGACUCCCGAGCCAAAUAGCCCAUUGAAUUGCGAUGCUGAAUUUCAAAUGAGAAUGGCGAAUCAUUAUCAUGAGAAAAACAAAUUGGAAGAAUGGGAUUCGUAUUAUCAUGUUGAUAGUGGAGUUGGUGUUGCUCCGUCUUAUUAA